AUGAUGGCCAUGACUCGUCCUGGAGCUACUGGACUUCAAUUGGGACAGGUGGGGUCUGCUCCGGCGCCAGCGAUUGCGGCAGACAACUCAGUGGAAGUCACCACUCGGCAGAUUGAACUUGGCGUGAAACUGAAGCACUGCACCCCCAGUGGAAAGACACAUGAAGAAACGGCCGCAGAAAUGACUUCCUCACAGAACGAGUAA